AUGGAGCAGGAUGCUGCUUCGCGGGCGCAAUCGUUGCAACUAUUGAAGAGCAAGCUACGAAGAAGACGAUCAAAGGUGAACAACCGCAUUGUCUUAACUUGCGAAGACUUGACACCAAACCAGUUAGAGGAAAGAAACCAACAGUCCAGUCCAACAGAACCAGAACUGAGCGAAUUGCAAGUAAAGCGUUCAUCGAGUGAAGAGGCUCGAGAUACCAAGUUACCAGAUGCUGAGACUUCAAUAACCCCGGGAAGCUGCAAUCAGGACGAGAUUUCGGUGGCGGAGCUGAGGAAGGAGCUCUCAGAGCUAAAGGGAAAGUCCGCAUUACCAAUCGAGCACCAGGCAAAUGAGCUUAUGGCGCUCUCCGACCCCGCGCUGGCUCCGCUUCCGAUGAAGUUGAAGAGCUACACCAAGAUGGUGAUUCAGUGGUCAUGUGACACAUGCAAGCGCGAGUGUAUCCCUGUUCGCGAGGAAAGCCGAUGUCUUUGCGGACAUCGAUACAAGGAACAUCCGAGUAGUGUCAACGAUCCUCGUGUGAAAUCUCCAGCAGAGUUCCGCGCUUUCGCGUGUACAUCGGCCAAGUGUUCGUGUAGAGCUUUCUUCUAUGUUGUGGCGGAAGGCGCCUGGAUCCUACGAUGCCGCUGCAAACAUAGGCACACGGAUCACGACCCGAGCAGGAAACCAUUUGUCUGCCAAAAGACCAAGUGCGGCUGUCAAGGAUUUGACAGCCCGUGGGUUUGCAAUUGCGAUCACCCGUGGAGCGCACACCGCCAGCAUCGCGUCGAGAAGAAGUUCGACCCGCUGCAAGUGCUGCAAUCCCAGUUCACUGCUCCGGAGCUCAACACGGUGCAUCGGACGGACUUGCUGGCCUCUCCACUGAACCUGCGGCUCUGAUGCAGCUCAACUUCGCUGGCAACGUUGUUCAAUCCAGCUGACCUUACAUUUGACACCCGCGCCGGCUGGAGCAAAGCUCUUGAGUUGGACGCUGCGAAAAUCCAUCGGCUGUCAAGCGGUUGCAGUCGAAAUUCGAUCGUAAUUUCCUCAUCGAAAGGCCUUUGCAAGUUGGUAACGAGCCAAAACUUUUGCUUUAAGAUGUACGUUCCUACGCAGGGGUGUGUUUUGGUG